CCUACUACUUCACUUUAUGCGAACCUUUAUAUGAUAUAUUUGUUUACAAUCUGCAAGGACGGAAAUUUAACAUGUUAUCCAGAGGGGGAUCUUCCCAUCAGAAUCCACAGCUGCAGCGGCGGAUUACACGCACCCAGACUGUAGGGAAUCUCGGGGAAUCGAUUUUCGAUAGUGAAGUAGUACCGUCAUCCCUGGUAGAAAUUGCCCCUAUCCUCCGUGUUGCCAAUGAAGUUGAGCCUAGCAACCCCCGUGUUGCCUACCUCUGUCGGUUUUAUGCUUUUGAGAAAGCUCAUAGGCUGGACCCAACAUCUAGUGGACGUGGUGUGCGUCAGUUUAAAACGGCUCUACUGCAACGUCUUGAAAGGGAAAAUGAUCCUACCUUGAUGGGAAGAGUGAAAAAAAGUGAUGCACGCGAAAUGCAGAGCUUUUAUCAGCAUUACUAUAAAAAAUAUAUACAAGCCUUGCAAAAUGCUGCUGAUAAGGCUGAUCGUGCACAGUUGACAAAAGCAUACCAAACGGCCAAUGUUCUCUUUGAGGUUUUGAAAGCGGUUAAUCAGACUCAAGCAGUGGAAGUUGACCGUGAGAUAUUGGAAGCUCAUGAUAAAGUUGCAGAGAAAAAGGACAUAUAUGCUCCUUAUAAUAUUCUCCCUCUUGAUCCUGACAGUGCAAAUCAAGCAAUUAUGAAAUAUCCAGAGAUUCAAGCUGCUGUUCAUGCUCUCAGAAAUAUCAGGGGUCUUCCUUGGCCUCAGGAUCAUAAGAAGAAAAAGGAUGAAGAUAUUCUCGACUGGCUUCAAGCGAUGUUUGGUUUUCAGAAAGACAAUGUGGCAAAUCAAAGGGAGCAUUUGAUUUUGCUACUGGCAAAUGUGCACAUACGGCAGUUUCCAAAGCCAGACCAACAACCUAAGUUGGAUGAGCGUGCUCUCAAUGAAGUGAUGAAGAAACUUUUCAAGAACUACAAGAAAUGGUGCAAGUAUUUGGAUCGGAAAAGUAGUCUUUGGUUACCCACCAUACAACAGGAAGUGCAACAGCGCAAAUUGUUAUAUAUGGGGCUAUAUCUUCUUAUAUGGGGCGAAGCUGCCAAUUUAAGAUUCAUGCCAGAAUGCCUUUGCUACAUCUAUCAUCAUAUGGCUUUUGAGCUUUAUGGUAUGCUGGCUGGAAAUGUUAGUCCCACGACGGGCGAAAAUGUGAAGCCAGCCUAUGGAGGAGAAGAAGAAGCAUUUUUACAGAAAGUCGUGACCCCAAUUUAUGAAGUGAUUGCUCAGGAAGCAGCAAGGAGCAGAAAGGGAAAAUCUAAGCAUUCUGAGUGGAGAAAUUACGAUGAUUUAAAUGAAUACUUUUGGUCAAUGGAUUGUUUCCGGUUAGGUUGGCCUAUGCGUGCUGAUGCUGAUUUUUUCUGUAAGCCUGUAGAUCAGCUGCUGAGUGAGAAAAAUGGGGAUAUCAAGCCUACAAGAGAUCGAUGGAUGGGGAAAGUUAAUUUUGUUGAGGUUCGGUCAUAUUGGCAUAUUUAUAGAAGCUUCGAUAGAAUGUGGAGUUUUUUUAUACUGUGCUUACAGGCUAUGAUCAUUGUUGCUUGGAAUGGUUCUGGGCAGCUAAGUUCAAUUUUCAGUUCUGAUGUUUUCAAGAAAGUAUUGAGCAUCUUUAUAACUGCUGCAAUAUUGAAGCUUGGGGGAGCCAUCCUUGAUGUAAUUUUUAGUUGGAAAGCACGAAAGAGCAUGUCCUUCUAUGUCAAGUUACGAUACGUUUUGAAGGUUCUAUCAGCUGCUGCAUGGGUGGUUAUUUUGCCAGUAACUUAUGCUUAUACAUGGAAGAAGAAUCCUCCUGGAUUUGCUCAAACUAUUAAAAGUUGGUUUGGCAAUAACUCAAGUUCUCCUUCAUUGUUUAUCAUGGCUGUCGUCCUCUACUUGGCUCCAAAUAUACUUGCUGCGUUGCUGUUUGUGUUUCCCUUCAUCCGCAGAUACCUUGAGAGAUCAAAUUACAAAAUUGUGAUGUUCACGAUGUGGUGGUCACAGCCUCGGCUCUAUGUUGGAAGAGGAAUGCAUGAAAGUGCAUUUUCUUUAUUUAAGUAUACAUUGUUUUGGGUGCUUCUCAUCAUAACCAAGUUGGCUUUCAGUUAUUAUAUAGAGAUAAAGCCUUUGGUGGGUCCAACAAAAGAAAUCAUGAGUGUUCAUAUAUCAACAUACCAAUGGCACGAGUUUUUCCCCCGAGCUAAAAGCAAUAUUGGUGUCGUGAUUGCACUCUGGGCGCCACUUAUUCUUGUCUAUUUCAUGGAUACCCAGAUAUGGUAUGCUAUAUUCUCAACUUUAUUUGGAGGUAUAUAUGGUGCGUUUCGUCGUCUGGGAGAGAUUCGAACUUUAGGAAUGCUUAGAUCCCGAUUUGAAUCAAUUCCUGGUGCUUUUAAUGCCUGUUUAAUCCCUGAUGAGAAAAGUGAUUCAACAAAAAAGAAAGGACUGAAGGCCACCUUUUCACGCAAGUUUGAAGUGAUCCCAUCCAGUAAGGAGAAAGAAGCUGCAAGAUUUGCUCAGUUGUGGAACAAAAUAAUUACAAGUUUCCGAGAGGAAGAUCUUAUUAGCGAUAGGGAAAUGGAUCUGUUGCUUGUUCCGUAUUGGGCUGAUCGUGACUUGGAGCUAAUUCAGUGGCCUCCAUUUUUGCUUGCUAGCAAGAUCCCAAUUGCAGUGGAUAUGGCUAAAGAUAGUAAUGGUAAGGACAGUGAACUGAAAAAGCGGAUCAAGUCUGGUGAUUACAUGUAUUCUGCUGUAUGCGAGUGCUAUGCUUCAUUUAGGAACAUCAUUAAAUUUUUAGUUCGUGGCAACCGAGAGAUCCAGGUUAUUGAAUACAUUUUCUCCGAGGUUGACAAGCAUAUAGAGGCAGAUGAUCUAUUGAAGGAAUACAAAUUGAGCGCUCUUCCUAAUCUUUAUGAAAAAUUUGUUAAGCUUAUAAACUACUUGAUGGAAAAUAAGCAGGAGGACAGGGAUCAAGUUGUCAUUCUCUUCCAGGACAUGCUGGAAGUUGUGACACAGGAUAUAAUGAUGGAGGAUCAUGUAUCUAACUUGUUAGAUUCAAAUGAAGGGAUGAUCCCUCUGGAUCAACAAUAUCAGUUAUUUGCAUCCGCUGGAGCCAUCAUAUUUCCAACUCCUGAAUCGGAAGCUUGGAAAGAGAAGAUAAAAAGGUUGUACUUUUUGCUGACGGUAAAGGAAUCUGCCAUGGAUGUGCCAUCCAACUUAGAAGCUAGAAGGCGCAUCUCAUUCUUCUCCAAUUCCUUGUUUAUGGACAUGCCUUCAGCUCCUAAAGUCCGCAAUAUGCUUUCAUUCUCUGUUUUGACUCCAUACUACACAGAGGAGGUCCUCUUCUCAUUGCCUGAGCUGGAAGUGCCAAAUGAAGAUGGUGUCUCCAUCCUCUUUUACUUGCAGAAAAUUUUCCCAGAUGAAUGGAACAAUUUUCUUGAGCGUGUCAAGUGUGACAAUGAAGAACAGCUUAGGGGGUCUGACGAUUUAGAAGAACAACUAUGCCUUUGGGCUUCAUAUAGGGGUCAGACAUUGACCAGAACUGUAAGGGGCAUGAUGUAUUAUCGCAAAGCUCUUGAACUUCAAGCCUUCCUUGAUAUGGCCAAGGAUGAUGAUUUAAUGGAAGGCUAUAAGGCCAUUGAGUUGAAUGAGGAUCAGAUGAAGGGAGAGAGGUCACUUUGGGCACAAUGUCAAGCAGUGGCUGAUAUGAAGUUCACAUAUGUAGUAUCGUGCCAGUUAUAUGGGAUUCAGAAAAGAUCUGGCGAUCCUCGUGCACAAGAUAUAUUACGACUUAUGACAACGUAUCCAUCUCUUCGAGUAGCCUACAUUGAUGAAGUUGAAGAACCAAGCAAAGACAGGUCCAAAAAAGUUAAUGAUAAGGUGUACUAUUCCACUCUUGUGAAGGCUGCUUUGCCGAAGUCAAAAUCUUCAGAGUCGGGACAGAGUCUAGAUGAGGUUAUUUAUCAUAUAAAACUUCCUGGACCUGCCAUCUUGGGUGAGGGCAAGCCUGAAAACCAGAAUCAUGCCAUUAUCUUCACCCGUGGUGAAGGUUUGCAAACAAUAGAUAUGAAUCAGGAUAACUACAUGGAAGAAGCUUUAAAAAUGAGAAACUUACUUGAAGAAUUUCUUAAAAAGCAUGAUGACGUGACAUACCCAUCAAUACUUGGACUGAGGGAACAUAUAUUUACUGGAAGUGUUUCAUCUCUUGCUUGGUUUAUGUCAAAUCAAGAGACAAGUUUUGUCACCAUUGGUCAGAGACUAUUGGCCAAUCCUCUGAAGGUUCGGUUUCACUAUGGUCAUCCGGAUGUUUUCGAUAGAAUAUUUCACCUUACAAGAGGUGGGGUUAGUAAAGCCUCGAAGGUUAUCAAUCUCAGCGAAGACAUAUUUGCUGGCUUUAAUUCUACACUUCGUGAAGGCAAUGUAACCCAUCAUGAAUAUAUACAAGUUGGGAAAGGGAGGGAUGUUGGUCUUAAUCAGAUUUCUCUAUUUGAGGCAAAAAUAGCCAAUGGCAAUGGAGAACAAACAUUGAGUCGUGAUUUAUAUCGACUGGGGCAUCGUUUUGAUUUCUUUCGAAUGUUGUCAUGCUAUUUCACUACCACUGGUUUCUACUUCAGUACCUUGAUUACUGUGCUCACCGUGUAUGUAUUUCUUUACGGGCGUCUUUAUCUUGUCCUUAGUGGUCUUGAAGAAGGGUUAAGUAACCAACCGGCAAUUCGAGACAAUAAGCCUCUCCAAGUUGCUCUGGCUUCUCAGUCUUUUGUACAAAUUGGAGUUUUAAUGGCCCUUCCUAUGAUGAUGGAAAUAGGCUUGGAAAAGGGUUUUCGGACAGCAUUGAGUGAAUUCAUACUGAUGCAGUUACAAUUGGCACCGGUGUUUUUCACUUUCUCUCUUGGAACAAAGACCCAUUAUUAUGGUAGGACAUUACUUCAUGGAGGUGCAAAAUAUAGGCCGACAGGCCGUGGAUUUGUGGUGUUUCAUGCCAAAUUUGCUGAUAACUAUCGCCUCUACUCUCGUAGUCAUUUUGUCAAGGGCCUUGAAUUAAUGAUACUUCUUCUUGUUUAUCAAAUUUUUGGUCAAUCCUAUAGAGGUGCUGUUGCAUAUAUCUUAAUCACUGUAUCGAUGUGGUUUAUGGUCGGCACCUGGCUUUUUGCACCCUUUCUGUUCAACCCUUCUGGUUUUGAGUGGCAAAAGAUAGUUGACGAUUGGACUGAUUGGAACAAGUGGAUAGGCAACAGAGGAGGUAUUGGUGUCCCUUCAGAAAAAAGUUGGGAAUCAUGGUGGGAAGAGGAACAAGACCAUCUUCGUCAUUGUGGGGCACGUGGUAUUAUCACUGAGAUUAUAUUAUCGCUUCGGUUUUUCAUUUAUCAGUAUGGGCUUGUUUAUCACCUAAACAUCACCAAGAAAACCAAAAGCUUUCUGGUAUACGGAAUAUCGUGGCUGGUGAUCUUGCUAAUUCUUUUUGUCAUGAAGACAAUUUCGGUUGGACGAAGAAAAUUCAGUGCAAAUUUUCAACUUGUGUUCCGGCUUAUCAAGGGUUUGAUCUUUGUCACCUUUGUCUCUAUCCUGGCUAUUUUGAUUGCACUCCCUCACAUGACACCGCUGGACAUUGUUGUUUGCAUACUUGCCUUCAUGCCAACUGGUUGGGGUUUACUUCUGAUUGCCCAAGCAUGUAAGCCUAUUGUUCAAAGAGCUGGAUUCUGGGGAUCUGUACGAACACUAGCUCGUGGAUAUGAAAUUUUGAUGGGUUUGCUUCUAUUCACGCCAGUUGCUUUUCUUGCAUGGUUUCCAUUCGUUUCAGAAUUCCAAACUCGAAUGUUGUUCAACCAAGCCUUCAGUAGAGGUCUUCAGAUUUCUCGUAUUCUUGGUGGACACAGGAAAGACAGAUCCUCCCGAAACAAGGAGUAGGGCGUUGGAGGCUGAAACGCCUAUUCUAUUACAAAUUCUUCAUUGCAAAACACAAGUUAUGGAGAUCAUAUUUAUUGAUCUUGUAAGAUGCUUUUGUAUGUAUAUGCGGCAGCAUUUUAAGCCGUGAUGUAGAUUUAAUUUCAUCCAACUCCAAAAGAUCUAUUAAAAUUGCCUUCCGUCCAAUUGUCUUCUUAUGUGCUAUCUCUGUUCAUAUUGGCAGCUAUGUUGUGGGCUUUGUUAGCCUAAAACUCGAUAGUUGUGAUGAGCUUACGUUGUUUAAGAGCUUCAGAUGUUAGAAGAGAUGUGUUUAUUUAUUUAAA